AUGGCAGAUGGUGGGACCAUCCACGGCGGCGCCAAACCAGGCACAAGCAACGGGAAGAUGCCCGAUGCCUCAAAAAAGACCGCCGGAGCCGUUUCUCCUGGCAGUUUCUUGGGCACGUUUGGCUACAAACUCGGCCGAACUGUUGGAGAGGGGUCUUACGCCAAAGUAAAGGUGGCAGAGGUUAUGGCAGCCGACGGUGGCCACGUAGCAGUCAAAAUAAUCAACAGACGGAAAGCACCAAAAGACUUCAUCCAGAAGUUCCUACCCCGUGAACUGUAUGUGGUCAAUCUUCUUCACCAUCCUAACAUUGUCCAGGUCUUCAACAUCCUCGACCAUUCAGACAUUGUCUUCAUUGUCAUGGAAUAUGCUCACUCUGGUGAUCUUUUGGAUUAUAUCAAGAGCCACGGCGCCCUCCCAGAGUCACAAGCGAGACGGAUGUUCCUUGAGCUCUGCAGCGCAAUCAGAUACUGUCACCAACUAAAUAUUGUCCAUCGAGACCUCAAGUGUGAAAACCUCCUUCUUGACAAGACCCUCCACAUCAAGGUAUCCGAUUUUGGCUUUUCAAGGCAAUGUGUAGAUGCGACAGGUAAACGAAUCCUCAGCAAGACAUUUUGCGGUAGCGCCGCCUAUGCAGCACCGGAGGUAUUACAGGGUACUCCCUACAACCCAAAGAUGUACGACGUCUGGAGCAUGGGUUGUAUACUUUACAUCAUGGUUUGUGGCUCGAUGCCCUACGACGACACGAACGUCAAGAAGAUGCUGAAGACCCAGCUGGAGCACAAGGUUGGCUUUCCCUCGCGAGUCAUCGACAAACUCUCGAUGGAGGUCAAGCUGCUCCUCCACCAUAUCUUGGAGGUGGACAUCACGAGGCGGGCCACGCUGGACCAGGUCCUCCGGGAUACAUGGAGCCAAAAGAAAGAACUCCAGAAAUGA